GACCUUCCCAAACCAGACAGCUACGACCCGGCAGCCCGUCGUGCUUACAACGAUGGCAGGCAACAAGCGGUCGUGGGAAGGGAAUUUGAUCCAGAGACCACAGAACGACAAAGAUAUGGCGGAUACUGAACAAACCUCUCCGGUUCAAUCCUUGUUUAUGUACUUCCGGAACGAGUUGGAUGAGCACCACGACCGCCGGGAGCGAAUCAUCAAGGUGUCGCGCGACGUCACGGCAUUGAGCAAGAAGAUCAUCUUCUCCUUACACAGAAUUCGAAACCUAAACACUCCAAUCCCAAAAUCCAUCGCCAAGGAAAAUGCCGACCGUUUCUCUCAGAUUGACACCCUUUUCAAAUCCAUAGCCGCUGAUGUCUCCGGCCUCAAUGCCUGGCGAUACCAACACCAGACAACCUGGGGGGUGCAGGAAUACAUCGAAGCCCUCUCCUUCCAACACUAUAUCGAAAAGCAGCGACUAAUCACCCUCGAGGAAGUAAGAAGUUCUCUGCCGCCAGAGAUUCUGGUUACAGAGUCGGAUUAUGUGUUGGGAUUGUUUGAUUUGACGGGAGAACUGAUGAGAUUUGCCAUCACGGCGAUGAGCAUGGGAGGGACCCGUCCGCGGGAUACGUUGGCGAGUGCAAAUGUUGAUGGGCCGAGUGAUGUGUGCGGGUCGGGUACGUCGGUGGAAGGAAUCAUGGUUGAUCUACGGGAGCUGCGGGCGAUGUUUGAGAAGCUGAAUGUUCCGCGAAAUCAUUCCUUGAUGAAGGAUUUGGGUAAGAAGAUGGAAGUUAUGCAGGCGAGCGUGGAGAAGGUUGAGAAGGCUGCAUACGGUUUGCUGGUUCGCGGGAAAGAGCGGCCUCAGGGUUGGAUGCCGGAUCUCUCGUCGAGUUCGGCGCCGGUGGAGAGUUAUUGAUAAUUGGGCUGUCGGUGGGCGAGUGUUCUGGGUUGGCUGGUUUUUACGAUAUUCUUACGGAGGACUGCUAUGAAUGUCCUAUGAAUGUUAAUGUAAUGGGCCGAAAAUGAUAUCAGAUCCACAUGUCGAAUAUCAUCUAAUUCCUUCAGGUCAUCAAUCCAUAAUAAUAAUUAUCGCAGAAGCAUGAACCAAAGUCAUCUCAACCUAUCCCCAUUGCCAUAUAUUCUGUUUCUGUAGCGAAACCAUUACCAGGGUCAAAAAGAAUCCUCCAAAAAGAACGCCCCAACGCAUACAAGAGCCAAUUGACACCAAUUAAUUCAAACACUUGCACCUCAUCACACCUUCCUCGGAUCCUCUUCCUCAUCCAAAAUCCCGGACUUAAUCAAGUCCUCCGGCUUUGGCCGGUUUUGGAUCUUGUGCUCCAACGAGUCCGCCACCAUAUGUCUUUCCAAUUCUUUGGCAUGGGCCUGCAGGGCCGGAGCGGCGGUGGAGGAUGGAAGGAUGUUGCCUACAAAUGGCGUUAUUAGCAGUGCAUAAGAUAUAUGUUAUGUAUGUACUAAGUCAUCUAGGAUGACUAGGGUGGUGGUGGCGGUGGGCGCACGUUCGAUAAGAGUAUCUCUAUCCGGUCUCUUUUCUAGAUGCCGCUUGAGGCUGUCCAUGGCGCGAUGGCGAGCGAGUUCGUGCUGUGCAGCUUGGAGGGAUCUAAAUAUUCGGGUCCCAUACAGGGGGAUGUGCUUAGCAUUGACGUGCCGCUUUUGUUUGUAAAGGGGCUACUUCUGUGCAGUACGAACGGCUGAGACGUACGGUGCAGCGUUUGUGUCCAGCAGGAUAUGUCUGUCCUUGAGCUCCUGGGGGUUCGGACGGCGCUGGAGAUAUUUCUCCAGCGAGUUGCGCCGCUCUAGGGUCGGCGAAAUAGGAGACUCAUCGACACGCGGGGAGUCAGUCAUGGUGCGGCAGCUCGCUAUAGAGGACGUUCGGAGCGAAAAUACGACAGGGGUUACUGGCAGUUAUGAUGAAGUAG